CUCCACCGCCACCUCCGCCGCCUCCGCCACCGCCGCCACCCUCCGCUCCCUCCGCCACCACCGCCGCCUCCUCCGCCUCCACUGCUGCCACCGACACCUCCGCCCCCGCCACCACUCCCACCACCACCCCCACCCCCUCCACUGCCUCCACCACCACCUCCACCACCCCCACUGGCCCCCCAGCGCCCUUGCCCCCCUUGCCCUUGCCGGGCCCUUUCCCCACCUUCAGCAGACUCACCAAGCUCUCAUACCUGUCCGUUAACGCUUCCACCUUACCGUAA